AUGUUAAGCCCACUUGAUGCCACUAUGAAGUCCACAGACAUACAUGCACAUAUCAGAAAUUCAGCUUCCUCAUUUUUUUCAUCAAAAAAAAAAAGCAUAAUUUUAUCAAAUGAAAAAAAUGGCUUGUCUAAUAAGAAAGAAAAUUAUCAUAAAAAUUCAAAAGAGGAAGGGAAAAACAAAAUAAAAAUGAACACAAAGAAAGAAACAGAAACAAAUAUUGUUAAUAGAAUAAUGAAGGACAAAAAUGUAAACGCAAGAAAUCAAGUAAGAGAUAAAAUGAUGGAGGGCGAAAAAAAUGUUUGUUCAAAAAAAAGAGAAAAAGGAAUAAACAAUAUUUAUUAUAAUAUUAAUAAUAACAGUAAUGAUGUCGAUGAUCCAAAUGAUAAAGACGAAUUGCCACCUUCAGUUGAAAUUCACAGAAAUAACUGUGGUGUUAAUUUAACGAAAAAAAGAACAAAUUUGAAUAGAAUUAAAAAUUCAAAAAAACAAACUGAACAGAAUAAGGAAAAAUCGUUUGAAAAUAAUAAAGUGAGAAUAAACAAUAACAGCUCAAAUGCCGCUGCUGCUACUACUAUUACUUCCGCCGCUACCGCCACUGCUGCUACUACUACUGCCGCUAUUACUGCUACUUCUUCCCAUUAUCAAAACAGAAAAAUUGGUAAAGGUAAAGCCAAAAUGUCAAAAUCUUUUCAAGAGCUAAAUGAUCGUAAGCUAACACCACCCUGCAGUGAAACGCAAUCUAAUAGCCCAAGGAUUUUUUCAAAAAAUGAUGAUGAUUACGACAUAGAUGUGCAUUAUGAUGAAAAUGGAAUGGAAAAAGAAGAAAACAUAAAAAUUAAAAAAAAAAAAAUUUUAGAAAAAUAUAGUGAUCUCUUUGCAGAGUGUAUAAAUAAAAUCAAAGCAUUAGUAAGGAGCAGUACUAAUGAAAAUUUAAAUGUGAAAAUGAAUAGAAAAAGCAUAUAUAAUUUUUUGAAAGUAUCAUAUAAAUGCUCAGAUUAUAAUUAUGCCAUCGUCUGUGCGAUACUUUUGUUAUUAGACAGAUUAAAUAACCCAGAGGAAGAAUUAAAUGAGAUGGAAAAAGAAGACUUAGAAAAUACUCUAAGAGCUUAUAGUUACCACUGUAUGAUAUCAUAUAGACAAACCUUUAAGGCGUACCAUCACCACAGUGAUAGUAACUAUAAUAACAUGAACAGAAGCAAUAAUGUGAAUGGUGUUAAUAAUAAUAAUAAUGCCCUACCAAAAAAAGAAGCGAGUGAGGAAUGUAUCAUGGACCCAGUAAAAAAAAAAAAUAUAUGUAACAGUAUUCGGCUUAAAAUAAAAAAUGAUUUUCUUUUAAAUUGUGAAGCUCUUAUAAACAUAAUAAACCUGAUCUUUAGCACAAUUGAUGAAGAUAAAAAUAAAUUUUAUUAUAUUCAUUUAAAUGCAAAUCAGUAUAAAAUAAUAUCCGAUAUAACUGAGACAGGCGUCAAAUAUAAAUAUGAGCAUUUAGCUAACGAAACAUAUAAAAAAGCCUAUGACAUAGGACAAAUAUAUUUACAACCAGUAGAUAUUAAUUUCUUACAGCUAGCUAGUCAUUAUAUAAACUUUUUAUAUUUUAAUUUAGGGUAUGAACAAAAGGCUUUACAAAUCUCUAUUGAAGUUUUUGACAAUUCUUGUAAUUUAUUAGAGCAUAUAGAAAAUACUGAAAAGGCAUACAAAUGUUCACAAAUUCUGACCAAAAUACGGUAUAAUAUAAAACUGUGGUCCAAAAAAAUUAAUAAAAACAGUAUUCUGCUCUUAACUUUUUAG